AUGGCGCAACGACCGGUAUUUUGGCAGAAGCGCGUUCUCGUGCCCUUCUGGAUAGUGCGAAUAUGUAUCAUGAUCUUGAUCAUUGCAGCAUAUGGCUAUUCCCUGCGGACUGUGGAUGAACUAAAGGAUGUCAUCCAACCAUCAACUGGAUCAGUCGUUGUCUUCAUGCUCUUCAUCGUCAUUGUGCUCCUCAUCGACAUUCUUGCGAUCAUCAUGUUCCUUGGCGACAAGCUGAAGCCAGGCACUUUCCUGACCAUGAACUGCUUCCAAACUGGAUUCUGGACUGGCGUCUUGAUCAUGGACUUUGUCGCCAUAGGCCAGGGCGCCAGCACUGUAGGAAUUGGAUUCAGCAUCUUCGUAUUCCUCACCUUCCUCGGUCUCCUCAUCUACGCCAUCGUCGGUUACCGUCGCGCGAAGAAAGAAGCCCAACGGGGCCAGUAUGCGCCAGCGCAUAACCCAUUGGCGGCGGCGGCUGCUGCACAAUCGUCCCCGUACAACAGCGUCCCCGAGUACCAACAGAAUACCGCAUACCAUUCGCAGACACAGCCUGAUAUGCACAACCAGUACCUUCCACCAUACCAAAGUGGUGCUGCGACGGACUACUACCAGCAGCCUGUGAAGCCCGCCCACAUUGUAUGA